GUUCUUUCCAUACGAAGACGCGCCUGCAUCCAGCUGGUUUGCCGGGGGAGUCUUCAAGCAAAAUAGCAAGGCUGUCGGGAUGUGUUCAAGGCCAGAGCUGGGGCUCUUUUUCGGCAUCAUGGACCCGGGCGAUUAGUUUGAGGAGAGACCGACGCCCGCAAGUUCGCGCGCCCGCUAUAGCUAUGGCAAGAGUGGUGGGAAGGCAUGGCGCCAGCGAUUGGCGGCCACAAGGCUACAACGCACAGAAAAAGGGGAGGGCGUUCCCCCAUGCCAAUGCAAUGCUUGGGUGGCUGCGGCUGAACUGA